AUGAGUAAGGGAGGUGACAAAAAGAAACUGGAAGAAAAGAAGGGAGUUUCUUUCUUCCCUACCCUUCCUUCCUCUUUCUUUCCUACCCUUCCUUCCUCUUUCUUCCCUACCCUUCCUUCCUCUUUCUUCCCUAACCUUCCAAUUCAUUUUUUCUUACCUACCCUUCCUUCCUCUUUCUUUCCUACCCUUCCUUCCUCUUUCUUUCCUACACUUUCUUCCUCUUUCUUCCCUACCCUUCCUUCCUCUUUCUUCCCUACCCUUCCUUCCUCUUCUUUCCUACCUACCCUUCCUUCCUCUUUCUUUCCUACUUUUUCUUCCUCUUUCUUACCUACCCUUCCUUCCUCUUUCUUUCCUACCCUUCCUUCCUCUUUCUUCCCUACCCUUCCUUCCUCUUUCUUCCCUACCCUUCCUUCCUCUUUCUUUCCUACUUUUUCUUCCUCUUUCUUACCUACCCUUCCUUCCUCUUUCUUUCCUACCCUGUAA